AUCUUAUUAACCGAUUACCUAGUCCUAUUUUGAGUAAUAAGACUCCUUAUGAAUUGUUGCACAAUAGAGCACCGAUGUACACACAUUUGAGGGUCUUUGGAUGUCUUUGUUAUGCUCACAAUAAAAAUAUUUUUGGAGAUAAAUUUGCAUCAAGAGGAGUGAAAUGUGUAUUUUUGGGAUAUGCCUAUUCUCAAAAGGGAUGGAAGGUCUAUGACCUCAAAAAUCAACGCCACUUUGUGUCUAGAGAUGUACGGUUUCUAGAGCACAUUCUUCCUUUUGCUGAUAAACAACGGCAUGAAGUCACGAACCAAAACAGGGAGCUUGUUCCAGGGAUUGGCCGAUGUCACAUGCAUGACACGGAGAAUCAUUUCUUUCCAGAAUAUCCUACAGCGACUGACCAGCGGGUGGAUACAUUCGGCAGCCCACCUACUGAAGACCGAGAGGGUCAAUUAGCUGCUGUUGACCAGUCCACUCCUUCCAUGCAACCUGGAGAACAUUCAGCUGGAGGAAAUUCUCCCUCACCGCAGGCGUCACACGGGCAAUCUUCACAUGCUGAGACACUGUUGGAAACGGAUGCCACACAGCCAACUGGGAAACGGCAGAGGCGUCCACCGAAAUGGCACCAAGAUUAUGAAGUUAAACUUAAUACUGUGAAAAUAUGCACUCCGCCCACGGCUUCUAUCUCUUCAACGGUUGAAUCGGACCCAAGGUGGAGAGAGGCUAUGCAACGUGAAAUUGACGCCCUUGAACGCACUGGUACAUGGCGAUUGGAACCACUUCCACCGGGUAAGAGAGCUAUUUAUUGUAAAUGGGUGUAUAAAAUCAAAUACACCUCAACAGGUUCUAUUGAACGAUAUAAGGCACGCUUGGUGGUUUGUGGCAAUAGACAGGUGGCAGGUAUUGAUUACACAGACACGUUUGCACCCGUUGCUAAAAUGGUCACGGUGCGGACCAUUUUGGCAAUUGCAACUUCUUUACAUUGGGAGUUGCACCAAAUAGACGUGGAUAAUGUCUUUCUGCAUGGUGACUUACGUGAGGAAGUAUAUAUGCACCUACCUCCGGGCUAUUCUUCUUCCACGCCUGGUAUGGUGUGUCGGCUUCUUCGUUCUCUUUAUGGGCUUCGUCAGGCGCCCCGGUGUUGGUUCUCAAAACUCACGACUUUUCUUAAGUCAUAUGGUUUUGUUCAAUCACAUGCAGAUUAUUCCUUAUUUACUCUUCGUAAGAAUAAUAAUAUUAUUUGUGUGUUGGUGUACGUGGAUGAUCUUCUUAUUACCG